AUGCUGCGAUUGCUUCUCACAAUCGCUGUUUGUUACUAUGGUCCUCAAUCCGCACAGGCUGAAGAGUGGAGAAAUAGGAAUUCUUCCGUUUCUAGGAUAUCAGAAAUGCUAGCAAAAUCCAUUAAUUACUCGGUUGAUCCGUGUGAUGACUUCUUUGACUACGCUUGCGGCAACUGGAUAGCCAACCAUCCGAUUCCUAAAUUUAUGUCCAAAUAUUCAAUAUCUGAUUUGCUCUUUGACAAUGUUCAAGAACAAAUGCGAGAAGUUCUGGAAUCUGAGAAGAGGUUUCGCUCGAAGUCUAUGGAGGCCAUCAGGAAAAUCUAUAGAAAGUGUAUGGAUGAGGAUGAAUUGAAUCGCAUCGGAAGCAGAGAGAUGCUAAAGAGCGUCAAAAGUGUUGGUACUUGGCCGAUGUUGGAAGGAGAUGAGAAGUGGAACGCAGACAAAUUCGAUUUGACUUCACUGCUGGCUCGAUUGUCAUAUCGGGUAGACGUGUUCUUUGAGUACUCCAUUGAAGUCGACAGCAAAAACUCUUCUCGGUAUCUUAUCAAGUUUGACGAUGGAAACCUUCACAUGGCACGAGAGUACUACCUGGACAAAAAUAAGUAUCGCAAGAAGAUUGACGCCUACCAGAACAUGCUUAUCAAAGAGAUUACGCUCUUCCAAAAAGAUGGAGGUUUCCGAACAAAUAGAACAAAAAUAAAGAAUGAUGUUGCUGAGAUUGUUGACUUCGAGGCAAGAAUUGCAAAAAUUUUAAGUCCGCCCGAAGAACAAAGAUCUACCGCUGAGAGGUACAAUCUCCGCCACUUGAGUGAUGUACAAGCAGCAGUUCCCCUGGUAAAUUGGACGCAAUUUUUUAUCGCCAUCUCACCUAACGUUUCUCAUGCAUAUAUUCGCUCAGAUCCAGAAGUUGUCAUUGCGGACAUGGACCUCUUGCGGAGGGUUAGAAAGCUUCUUCAGUCGACAGAAUUACGAAUAGUUGCUAACUAUGUUUACAUGCAAUAUGCUUUGACUUGGAUAUCCGAGAUGGGAAGAUACUCCGAGGAAAUCUAUCAGGAGUUCAAUAUCGUGCUUACUGGAAAACAACAUCUGGAGCCGCGCUGGAAGUAUUGUACAGCACACGCACCGGAGGGCUUGACUUACGCAGAAAGUGCUAUCUACGUAAGAAACGUUUUUGAUAAGGAUGCAAAGUACACUACCUUGAAACUGAUCCAUAGCCUGCAGAAGAUCUUUCGCGAAAUGCUUCUCAGCAGCGACUGGUUGAAUCACCAGUCUAAACUUUUAGCCGUGGACAAACUGAAAAAGAUGGUUCGAAACAGCGCUUAUCCUGACAUCGUUCUAAGCGACGAAAAAUUGGAUGAUUACUACAAGGGUUUGGACAUAGAUGCCGCUUCUACGUACAGCGAGAUGUUGGAGAUAGCAAUGAAAUGGACAGUUGAUGACGGUUUCAAGCGCCUGCUCAAGCCACCAGAUCGAUGUGAAUUCGAUUCGAGCGUUCUCCGAGUGAAUGCUUAUUACUCUGCGAACCUCAAUUCUAUAAGUAUUCUUGCCGCCAUUCUUCAAGCACCUUUCUAUGAACGUGCUUUCCCAGGAGCACUCAACUAUGGAGGAAUCGGAGCAGUUAUUGGACAUGAAUUAACUCACGGAUUUGAUGAUCAAGGACGCCAGUACGACAGCAUCGGUAAUGUGCGCGACUGGUGGGAUGAGAAUGCGAAAAAAAAGUUUAAAGAGCAUGCACAAUGUGUGAUCAAUCAGUACUCGAACAUCAAAAUCCCCGGGAUGGACCUCUCAGUAAAUGGGAAACUAACGCAAGGAGAAAACAUCGCUGACAAUGGUGGUGUAAAGGUGGCCUAUAAAGCUUACAAGGAAUAUCUCAAAGAGCAUCAAGAAGAAGAGCAUAUAAGCGGAUUAGAAGAGUUCAGCAAUGAACAGUUGUUUUUCUUGGCAUACGCCUUUACAUGGUGUGGAGACAUGAGAGAGGAUGCACUGAUUGAACAAGUGCUGACGGACGAACAUCCUCCAGAACGUUAUCGUGUAAACGUCGUCCUGGCCAAUCAACCUGAAUUCGCAACUGCCUUCAAAUGUGACCAUGGAAGUGCUAUGAAUCCUUCUAAACGUUGUGCAGUAUGGUAAACACCUUUAGUGGAACACAUCGAAUCUCUACGUGAUCUUGAAAUGGAUUUUGUGUAAUUUUAUUUAUUGUUUGUGGU